UGAAGAAAAAAACCUCUUACCGACGGUUGCCUCUAAUCUUCGAUUAAUACAUCCUCUCGUAAUUGAGUGAAAAAUAAACGUAGACAAAGCAGGCGUUUUUUAAAAAAUAGGUUUUAAAGUUGUAAACAAUGCGUAAGAAACAAAACAGCAUGAGAGGGAACAAAAGAGGUCUGGAAGGAAGGAAGGACAGUUAAAGAAGGGAGCCCACCAACAUUCAAAGUACAUACUAGACGGAAAAUGAGACCUAGUAAUGGCUGGCUCGUAAAGAGCACAUGAUUCGUAUGAAGGUAAUUCCGGCAUAUGGUAUGUCUAGCAAUAUUUUGUUGCUCUCGCCCUUUGUAGAGAUUCAAGGGAAAGGUACUAUUCUUACCAAGUGUAACCAUGGUUAACAAAUAAAAGCCAUGAACGAAUGCAAAUCGCCGCUGCAGUACUAACUGCAGUCUGGUCCGUCGACGAUCCGUCUCCUUACAAAGUGAGAAUAAAUUUAGCUACAAUUAUUAGCUAUUAUAUGCUUUGGAUACCCAAUGCAAUUGACAAUGCUGCGUUGCCAAUUUUUAGUAUUGGGUUGCCGGGUUUUUAACGUAGGACUGGUUUGAUUUUACAUUUAAUUCGCCACAUUGACGAUGAAUUUCUAUGCACAUAAAGAGGCUUUCUCAUCUUCGGAGUUUCGUAAAACGCAAAACCAAUGCGGCUCGUUUUGAGUUUCUAAAUUCGCUAGGCCCACAAGUCUGCAGGAUAGGACGAGAGCAGCAUGUUUUCCAUAGUAUGGUGCACGAAUCCUUCUACGAAUCGUUGGCAAUAUGGGCUCCCGGAGAAAUGGUAACUCUAGGUACGUUAUUUUAUGCUAGUAUAAUUGUAUGUGUUUAAUGGAAGCGGAGAGUGAAAACAUAAUCCAGCAAAGGGUAGUAAAUUCUGCGGCAUGUACCGUCGUCGCUUAAUGUUCUGGCGAUAGGGGCUAGUGUUUUCGCACAUUACAAGAAGAGAAAUCGACUUGCAAGCAGAAGGGUCCCAUAAACCGCACUGCACCGCGUGACCUCCUGGGAAAUGGAAAUCCAGAGAGGAGCUUAUAGAGCCAACAGAACUUAAGGUAUUUUUCGUUUUUACUUUUUCAUUCUGUGUGAAAGAAGAGAGGUGAUGAAAGGGAAUAUAACAAAGGAGCUUGAGUAAGGAGUUGCAGCGAACGAGUUGGACGAAUGUGCGACAAUGCGUGCUUUAGUGAGCGCGUGUUAAGUAGAAAAUUUACAUUCGAAACUCGGUUUUGCGGCGGGUCGCGCAGUGGUUAUCCCUUAGGGAAUCGGGCGGCAAAAGUGACCGAAAAUACUACUAGAGGGCUCAAAAAGGAAGAAGAUUGUAUUUUCCCCUUUUUACUUUUGCCAACACAAAAUAAAAAAGAAACCGGUUCAUUACGUGAAACAAAGAAGGU